AAAACAAACAGCACAUAAAACCGGAAAAUAAAAUCGUAAAAUUAGACAGUCUUGCACAAAGAAUCAUACAGGGAGAAUCGUUAUUUCGCAGAGAAAACGUAAUUUAAGCACAAUAUGCACAAACACUAGGUUAAACGUGCUAGGUACAACUGUUAAAGAGAGAAGAAUCAUUUCGAUAGGCUGGAAAGAACGUUGGAUCUACAAAUCAUGGCUACGGUACUGUGUCACGAAGGGAGGUUAAGCCUUUAUUGCUUUCUGGGCGGAAUGGCUAGUUUGGUGGUUUUCUGCAGUGCAGAAGGAUUCUUGCAAGAAGAAAGCAUUUGGACCAAAGCUGCGCUUUCGAUGGGCUAUUACAUUUUGCUAAACAUUAUUAUUAGGAUAAGAUACAAUCCGCGUGACUAUCAGAUUGCAGUGAGGGCUGCUUUCCUCGGGACUGUUUUAUCGGCUGGUGUUAUUGUUUUUCUCUACUCCCAGUAUCAGUACAAAUCGUUCGGCAUCUAUACCACCCUUAUGGCAUUAUUUCACUAUACAGAGUAUCUGGGCAUAGCCAUAUGCAAUCCCAAAACUUUAUCACCAGAUUCCUUCAUAUUAAACCAUUCGAUACAUUACGGACUGGCAGCCGCGGCUAGUUGGAUAGAAUAUUUCAUUGAAACGCACUAUUUCCCUGAAUUAAAAACAUACAAAUUAUUGUGGGUCGCUGGAGUAUUGCUUUGUCUAGCGGGAGAAUCGCUUCGGAAGGUAGCAAUGAUAACGGCCAGCAAAAACUUUAGUCACAUCGUUCAAUUCGAACGGCACAAUGAACAUGAGCUGGUAACAUGUGGUGUUUACGCUUGGAUGAGACAUCCGUCCUACGUGGGAUGGUUCUACUGGUCGGUAGGAACUCAGAUAACUUUGGCAAAUCCAGUAUGUUUUGUAAUUUACGCGAUAGCUAGCUGGAAGUUCUUUCACGAUCGGAUACUGAUGGAGGAAAUAACUCUGCUAAACUUUUUUGGCGAAGAGUACAUCGAGUAUCAAGAACGAGUUCCUUCCGGUUUGCCAUUCAUUCGAGGGUUUCGCGUGGAACCAUGAUAUUUCGAGCAUGAUCCCGACAGCGAGGAUCAAACCAGUUUUCACACGGACAUGCACGAUGAGACUGACAAGCGCGAAGCAUGUGAAACGAUCCAGCGAAGCGCAGAGGACAAUUACGAAAGAGUGGUGAUGGAAAUAGCUGAUGUUGUUGUGGGCCGUAGACGUAGUAUCGGAGGCGCUAGCUCAGAACAUAGUCGGAACCAGAGGUACUCGGGAACGUACGAUAAUUGUGACGAUCAGGACGCAACAUCGCUGGUAUAGAAGCGUCACAGUUCA